AGCAAAUUCUUCCGAGCUGAUGGUCACUGCUCCUUUCCACUGACGAACAUUCAGAUGAACUAGUCUCAGACGAAGUAGACUGCUUUUUUCUCAUUAAAUUUGAAAAAAUGAUAAAGCUUAGUCGCUGACUACACCCGCAGUCUUUUAGAUAAAGGGCAAAUAUCUUUGAUCGAAAAAUAUGCAAAGUGCCUUCAGGAAAAUUCUUUAAACUACCAACCGCUUAACCUUUCUCGAUCGCGCCUUCCUUCGUCGCUUAUGAGGGACAUCCUUUUUUUCUCUUACCUGGUACCUAUGACCAGUGUAAUAAUAGUUAAAGAUUUUCUUGACAAAAAUCAAAAUACUAAUAUAACAAGAAGUCUAUUUAGUAUAUCAAAUAUUAUUUUUGAUUUAUUUGACAAAAAUCAUUUUAUAUCAAGUGAUCUGCAAAAAAAUUUUCUUUUUGAAAAGUUGUGUAAUUUUAUAUAAAUUGAAAUUCAAUUUUUUACCAGAA